AUGGCCGGCGACGACACCAAUCCUACGCGCACUCCGGCGCGACAGCCGGCAAAGGCUGCAGCAUCGAUAUCCUCUUCCGCCAAGCAAAAGUCAAUCAUGUCUUUCUUCCAGAAAUCAUCGCCGGCUGCGACGCCCUCGCCAGCUGCACGCAAACAGGUCUCUUCUGAUCCCAGUUCGUGUCUAAAGGAGACAAAGGCCAACCUCUUACCAAAGGCGAAGUCUGCGCAGAAACUCUCGACACCUGUGCCUUCGAGCGACGCGUUAGAACCCAGCAGCUCGCAGGAGAAUCUUGACGCAGUUUCUCGCAGCAAAAAUGCACCCAGCUCCCCAACCAUGGCCCUCAAAGCGACGCCCAAGCCUCGAUCAGCGCUCAAGGACUCUGCCGGUAGUAGCCCCGGAAGGAAGUCACGAAAAGCCGUGAGCUAUGCAGAAUCCUCGGAAGACGACGAGCCUGUGUCGACCCUAAACCGCCGCCGCACUAGGACGCGACCGGUUCUGGACGACGAGGACGAGUACGGUGAUGAUGGCUCUGCCGAAGUGCAAGAUGACGAAGAUGAUAUUGACGAUUUUGUUGUUUCGGACGAAUCGGACGGCGACACCCCUAGGCCUAAGAAGAGGAAGCGACCAUCGCAACCGGCCAGCGCCCGAAAGCGAUCAAACAUCUCGCCCCCCGCAAAAGACGAGCUGAGCGAUCUAAAUGAGGACGAAGUCAUGACCGACGUUCCGCCACCGGCUAGUGCUAAGCAAUGGAACUAUGACCCCGAGUCCGCAGAGAAGCGCCCCGUCACUACCCCAGCUGAGCGUGCUGCCAAAGACCCAAAGAGAAAGGAAAAGGCCUACACAAAGGAACCCGAGGAACGCUAUUCUUGGCUCUCUAAGAUAAGAGACAAGGAGAGACGCGAGCCAGGAGAUCCAGACUACGACCCACGAACUAUUUAUAUCCCCCCUCUCGCUUGGAGCAAAUUCUCCCCAUUUGAAAAGCAGUACUGGGAGAUCAAACAAAAUCUUUGGGACACAAUCGUUUUCUUCAAAAAGGGAAAGUUCUACGAGCUAUACGAAAACGAUGCCACGAUCGGCCAUCAGGAAUUUGACUUCAAAAUGACCGAUCGCGUCAACAUGCGCAUGGUCGGGGUGCCGGAGAGUGUUCUCGACCAUUGGGUGAAUCAAUUCAUUGCCAAGCAGUACAAGGUUGCAAGGGUGGACCAAAUGGAAACCAAUCUGGGCAAAGAGAUGCGCGAAAGACAAGACAAGACUGGAAAGAAGGCCGACAAGGUGAUUUCUCGUCAACUUGCCUGCGUCCUGACUGCUGGAACAUUGGUGGACGGCAGCAUGCUCCAAGAUGACAUGGCUGCGCACUGUGUUGCCAUUAAGGAAUCUGUUGUAGACGGGCUCCCUGCCUUUGGCAUCGCGUUUGUCGAUACAGCUACUGGCCACUUCUUUCUGACCGACUUCAUCGACGACGUUGACUUGACAAAGUUUGAGACGUUCAUUGCACAAAUAGGUCCGCGAGAAAUGCUGCUCGAGAAGUCGCAUCUCUCGACCAAGGCCAACAGAAUUCUGAAAAACAAUACCAGCCCUACCACAAUCUGGACAUAUUUGAAACCGGACGUUGAAUUUUGGGAUGCCGACACCUGCAGACGUGAGCUCAACGCUGCGAAUUACUUUUCAACGGAAAAAGGGAGCGAGGGCUCGUGGCCAGAAGCUCUUGAGAAGGAAAAGGACAAUGACCGAGUCAUGUCGGCGGUUGGUGCUUUGAUCUGGUAUCUGCGCUUUCUCAAAUUGGAGCGACCCUUGCUUUCCCAGAGCAAUUUCUCCUUGUACAACCCCAUCCAAAAGAACGGCACUCUCAUUCUUGAUGGCCAGACCCUGAUCAAUCUCGAGAUCUUCUCCAACUCUGUUAACGGCGGCAGCGAAGGCACGUUGUUCCAGCUUCUUAACAAGUGCAUCACACCCUUCGGCAAACGCCUUUUCCGACAAUGGGUCGCCCACCCUCUACAGAACAUUGAUAGAAUCAAUGAGCGCUUAGAUGCAGUGGACAUGCUCAACAAAGAUCCAUCUGUUCGUGAGCAAUUUUCCUCUCAGCUAGUGAAGAUGCCUGACCUGGAGCGUUUGAUCUCUCGAAUUCAUGCCUGCUCGUGCAAGCCAGAGGACUUUGUCCGCGUUCUGGAGGGGUUUGAGCAGAUUGAGUACACCAUGACCCUGGUUUCUGCUUUCAAAGGCAGCAAUGGCUUGCUUGAUCGCCUGAUCUCUGCCAUGCCCGACCUCGAGGAGCCGCUCGCCUACUGGAGAAAUGCCUUUGACAGACCAAAGGCAAAGCAGGACAAGAUUCUCAUUCCUGAGCGCGGCAUUGAGGAAGAUUUCGAUGCUAGCUUGGAGCGCAUAGAGACUAUAAAAAGCCAGCUUCAGGAGCUGCUGGCAGACAAGAAGGUGGAGCUCAAGUGCAAGUCGCUCAAAUUUACCGACGUCGGUAAGGAAAUUUACCAAAUCGAAGCACCCAAAGCGACCAAAGUUCCUUCCAGCUGGCGCCAGAUGUCGUCCACCAAAGACGUGAAGCGAUGGUACUUUUCAGAGCUGACAGCUCUCGUCCGUGAGCUCCAGGAAGCCGAAGAGACUCACUCACAAUUGGUCCGUGACGUCGCUGCUCGCUUCUGCAAAAAGUUUGACGUCGACUACGAGCUCUGGCUCUCCGCUAUCCAGGUCAUCGCCCAGCUGGACUGUUUGGUCAGCCUGGCCAAGGCAUCGUUGUGUCUGGGCGAGCCAAGUUGCCGCCCACAAUUUGUAGAUCAAGACAGAAGCCUCGUUGAGUUUGAAGAGCUGCGCCAUCCAUGCAUGCUGAGCACGAAUGGUGACUUUAUUCCGAACGACAUCAAGCUUGGUGGCGAGCAAGCCAACAUUAACCUGCUCACGGGCGCGAACGCUGCAGGCAAAUCUACAGUGCUAAGAAUGUCUUGCAUUGCCGUCAUCAUGGCGCAAAUUGGCUGCUACGUACCAGCUAUUUCCGCAAAGCUCACGCCUGUGGACAGAAUCAUGUCGCGUCUUGGUGCCAACGACAACAUUUUUGCAUCGCAGUCUACCUUUUUUGUUGAGCUUUCUGAAACCAAGAAGAUUUUGUCCGAAGCCACUCCCCGAUCACUCGUCAUUCUCGACGAGCUUGGUCGUGGCACAAGUUCGUAUGAUGGUGUUGCGGUUGCUCAAGCUGUACUGCACCACGUGGCGACGCACAUAGGCUGUGUCGGGUUCUUCGCCACGCAUUACCAUUCUAUUGCCACAGAGUUUGAGAACCAUCCGGAAAUCAGAGCCCGUCGCAUGCAGAUUCACGUCGACGACCAGGAGCGCCGCAUCACCUUUCUCUACAAGUUGGAAGAUGGCGUUGCCGAGGGCAGUUUCGGCAUGCACUGCGCCGCCAUGUGCGGCAUCUCCAACAGUGUGAUUGAGCGCGCCGAGGUGGCAGCCAAGGAAUGGGAGCAUACAAGCAGGCUCAAGGAUUCUCUGGAUAAGGCAAAGACUGGGUGUUACAUUCCGCUGGGUAUCCUCAGCGAUGUGGGCAAUCUGCUGGGCGACAAGGGCGAGAUCGGCGAUAAGGGUAUCGAUGUCCUUUUGCGUGCUAUUGAAUGCCUGUAG